GCUAGUUGCGGAAGGCUAACUAGUUCUUUCCUCCCCCCCUUCUUUUGCUCUUUUUUCAAAGAAGGGGCAGUCACACGGCGGACGCGACGCACGGAACAACCCCAAGCUAAAAGAAUUGAGGAGAAAUGCAGUCGGUGGUCCGGCAAAACCUCCACGCCGAGUGUGAAGGCGACAUCAACAAACUCAUCAACCUCAAGCUCAAUGCGUCCUACACUUAUCUUUCUUUGGGCAUGUACUUUGACAGGGAUGAUGUUGCCCUGAAGAAAUUUUCCAGUUUUUUCUUGGAGCUCUCUCAAAAGGAACAAGAACACGCGGAGAAGCUGCUCGAGUACCAGAACAUGCGAGGGGGUCGCAUUUUGCUGCAGACUAUCGCUAAACCAACUCGGGAGGAUUGGAGAGGUGGCUUGGAUGCAAUGUCUUUCUCGCUGGACUACCAGAAGGCAAUGAACACUUGUAUUCUGGACGUACACCGCCAGGCUGACACCCAUAAUGACCCCAAUUUUUGCGACUUCCUCGAGCAGAAUUUCCUCAACGACAGCCACGACACCAUCAAGAAGUUGGGCGACCACGUGGGCAGCCUGAAACGCAUCGCGGCACCGGAAAGCAACGGCUCCAUGGGAGAAUACCUCUUUGACAAGCACACCUUGUAAAGACCUCGCUCGUCAAAGCGGCACCGUCUCCUGCAUUCGUUCUGUCAAGAAAGCGCAACCAUGUUGUCCUGGUUGAAGGCAAUCUAGCAUACUGCGGGAGCCGAGUCUUCAAGAAUACCUCACACUAGCUCUGGUGCUCACAAGUAGCGUUUUCCUGUUCUCACGUUUUCUACAUUCCUACGAGUCAAGACAUUGAAUAAAGCACACUU